CCUCGAACGAAGUGGAGCAUUACAAUGUGAUCUAUAAAACCGUUCCGGAACAUGUUCCUGUGGAACGGAUGGUUCCUUUCCCAGUAGAAACAAGGGUUCCGGAGCCUGUGCCAGUUUACGUUCCACAACCAUACCCCAUUGAAAAAAGGGUGCUGGUACCUUAUAAAGUAUAUGAAAGACAAGAGGUGCCCAUUAUACACAGAUAUCCCAUUGUAAAGGAAGUACCGGUACCCAUACACAUACCCGUCGAUCUACCUAUCGCUGUGAGAGUACCAGUACCAGUGCCUAUACCAGUGAACAAGUACACACCAGUAAAAGUACCUGUGAAAGUUCCAGCUCCAUAUCCUGUGGAAAAAAAGGUUCCAGUGCCUGUGAAGGUACCUGUCAAGGUUCUACACCCGUAUCCAGUACAGAAAAUCACCCAGUAUCCUGUGAAAGUAUUAGUAGACAAUCCAAUACCGUACAAGGUAGAGAAGCCUUAUCCAGUACCCAGAGAAAAAGAAGUACCGGUGCCUGUAGAGAAACCAGUACCUUACCCAGUAAGAGUACCAGUCGAAAGACCUGUCCCAUACGCAGUAGAACAACCAGUCCCUUACAACGUAAAAGUUUUGGUACCUUAUCCCGUACCUAUAGAAAAACACGUAUCCCAAAUUAUAGAGAGACCAGUUGGGUACCCCGUAAAGGUACCCGUGGAGAACCCAGUUCCAGUGGAGGUGAUCAAGGCAGUUCCAGUGCCAGUUGAAAAGCAUGUACCGUAUGAAGUGAAGGUUCCGAUUGCAGUACCGGUACAGAAGACGGAAGAAUCUGUUAAGGAGGAAAGGGCUGUGAAACAACAAGAUGUGGAUAAAAGUGAGAAGAGCGAUGGUGAAUGGAGCAAGAAGUCUGAGGACAAUGGGCAAAUAAAGGAGAAAAGGUCAGAGUCGAAAACUGAAGAAAAAUAAUAUUUUAUAAUAAAAUUUCAGGAAUUGUGUUUUUAUAAAGUUAUUCAAGAUGUUUAAUGUACAGAUACC